UGCCUUUUUGACUGUGCAAUCAACCACAUAAACAUCCUGUCUGGUUGGAGCAGCCAUUCUGGGUCCAGAAAUAAAGCUCAAACUGGUAUUCCUACCGCAGAGAUUCCUGAGAGCAAUAUGGCACAGAGAAAGGAAAACAUAGUGAUUUUCCCAUUCAUGGCGCAAGGCCAUAUUAUCCCUUUCCUAGCCUUGGCCAUCCAAAUACAGCAAAGAAAGAAGUACACCAUAACGUUUGUCAACACCCCGCUCAACAUCAAGAAGCUCAGCUCCUCCCUCCCUCCAAACUCCUCCAUUCGCCUCGUCGAGAUCCCCUUCUGCAGCUCCGACCACGGCCUCCCACCCGACACCGAGAACACCGACGCCAUUCCCUACCACCUCGUCAUUCGCCUCCUCGAAGCCUCUACUUCUCUCAGACCAUCGUUCAAGAAACUCAUCCAAGACAUAACCGAAGAGCAAAACGGCCAACGCCCUCUCUGCAUUAUCGCCGACAUAUUCUUUGGAUGGACCGCUAGCGUGGCUAAAGAGCUUAACGUUUUCCAUGCAAUCUUCAGCGGGGCAAGUGGGUACGGCUUGGGGUGUUACUAUUCUCUCUGGAUGAACCUGCCUCACAGGAAGUUCAAUUCAAAUGAGUUUUCGUUGCCUGAUUUCCCAGAAGCUUCGAGCAUUCAUAUUACACAGCUGGCAACAAAUAUACUUGAGGCUGAUGGUGCAGAUGCUUGGUCGAUCUAUCAGAAGGAGAAUCUUUCUGGGUGGCUGAAGUCUGAUGGGAUUUUGUUUAACACUCUGGAGGAGCUUGACGAUAUUGGAUUGUUGUACUUUAGGCGUAAGCUUGGCCGGCCUGCUUGGCCGAUAGGGCCGGUUCUUUUACCUAUGGAAAGCCGAGCUCGUGUUGGUAAAGGAGGCAUUAGUCCGGAUCGGCGUUGCAUUGAAUGGCUGAGUGCAAAACCAGUGAAUUCUGUCCUAUUCGUGUCUUUUGGGUCAAUGAAUACGAUCUCUGCCUCACAAAUGAUGAACUUGGCCAUGGGCUUGGAGGCCAGUGGCAAGAAUUUUAUCUGGGUUGUUAGGCCACCAAUUGGGUUUGACAUAAACUCGGAAUUCAGAGCGAAAGAAUGGUUGCCAGAAGGAUUCGAAGAGAGGAUCAAGGAUUCAAGAAGAGGGUUUCUAGUGUACAAUUGGGCACCCCAGGUGGAAAUUUUGAGCCACAAGUCUCUUUCUGCAUUUUUAACCCAUUGUGGGUGGAAUUCAGUGCUCGAAGCUCUCAGUCAUGGCGUGCCUAUGAUUGGAUGGCCGAUGGCAGCCGAGCAAUUCUUCAACGUCAAGUUUCUGGAGGAAAAGGUGGGAGUUUGUGUGGAGAUCGCUAGGGGGAAGAGCUGUGAGGUUCGAUAUGAAGAUGUAGUUGCCAAAAUAGAGUUGGUGAUGAAUGAGACACAGGUGGGGAAGGACAUGAGAAGGAAAGCUUGUCAAGUGAUGGAGAUGAUUAAGACUGCCAUGACAGAGGAGGAAGGUGGCAAAGGGUCUUCUGUCAAAGCCAUGGAUGACUUUUUUAGUGCUGCAAUGUCAACGAGGGAGAAGCGUGAAAGCAGGGGAAAGAAGAUUGGUGCUUGAUUCAAGCAGAAAGAAUUUGGAAGAAUAACUUGGCGAAUAAAACUUGAGCAAAGCGACUUCAUUGUUGCAAAUCAAGUUCCAUCUUUCUCCCCGGAGAAAAAGGAAGAGGAUUGAAAACAGGGGUGGAAGAAGCAACGCCAUCUGUGUAUGUGUCGGCAAUGUAGCUAAUUGCAGUGUGAGGUUCAAUUUUUACCCCGAUAUUUCAAGUUAUUCACACUCAUUUAACUGCA